AGAGGGCACUUCCAGCUUGCAAGGGAGUAGAGGGUCUGGGCUGGAGCCGCCUCUGCUGCUCCCGGCCGCUCCUCCCCACGCACCCCCAGCACCCACAGCCUGGAAGCUCGCCCUUCCAGCCGGGGAUGCAGGAGCCUUCCUGAUACCAGCGACUCCACAAAUUCUUUUUUCUGAUAUUUCAGAGGCUUUUUGGAGGCAAUUUUGAUGAUCUCGUUUUCCAGGCAUCUAAAUAUCCAGAGGAACUGCUGAGAUGUUCCGACAAGCCUUUUUUUCCACUCUCUUUUGUGUGGCUCUGGUUCCUCUCCAUGCUCAGUUUGAUGGGGAUCCUGGAGAUGUCAGUCCUACCUCCUGUGCAGAAAAAAGGAACUGCCCCAUCAAUGUGUACUUCAUCAUUGACACCUCAGAGAGCGUUGCUCUGCAGACUGUGCCUAUCCAGAGCCUUGUGGAUCAAAUAAAGCGGUUCAUCCCUGUGUUCAUUGAUAAACUGGAGAAUGAGCUCUACCAGAGCCAAGUCUACAUCACUUGGCAGUUUGGUGGACUUCAUUACUCAGAUGUGGUGGAAAUUUACAGCCCUUUAACAAGCAGCAAAGAUAUAUACCUCCCUAAGCUGUCCGCUAUUAACUACCUUGGCCGGGGCACCUUCACGGACUGUGCUAUCUCCAACAUGACGGAGCAGAUCCAGACCCAGAUGGCCUCAGGUGUGAACUUUGCAAUAGUCAUCACUGAUGGCCAUGUCACUGGCAGCCCCUGUGGGGGGAUGAAGAUGCAGGCUGAGAGGGCGCGAGACAUGGGGAUCAAGCUCUUCGCAGUGGCCCCCAGUGAGAACGUCUAUGAGCAGGGACUGCGGGAGAUUGCCAACCUGCCACAUGAGCUGUACCGCAACAACUAUGCCAUCACGGAGAAAGACACCCUGAACAUUGAUAUGCAUACCAUUGACAGGAUAAUCCAAGCUAUGAAGCAUGAAGCCUAUGGAGAGUGCUACAAGAUGAGCUGCCUGGAGAUUGCAGGUCCGCCUGGUCUCAAGGGAUACCGAGGGCAAAAGGGUGCAAAGGGGAACAUGGGUGAGCCAGGAUCCCCUGGGCUGAAAGGACGACAGGGUGACCCAGGUAUUGAAGGUCCAAUAGGAUACCCUGGUCCCAAGGGUCUCCCAGGGCUGAAAGGAGAGAAGGGUGAGAUUGGAUCUGAUGGACGGAGGGGUGCCCCUGGUUUGGCAGGCAGGAAUGGCACCGAUGGACAGAAGGGCAAGUUGGGGAGAAUUGGACCACCAGGCUGCAAGGGAGACCCUGGUGACAAGGGCCCUGAUGGCUACCCAGGAGAUGCAGGAGACCAAGGUGAAAGAGGAGAUGAAGGCAUAAAGGGAGAUCCUGGCCGGCCUGGUCGCAGCGGACCCCCGGGACCUCCAGGAGAAAAAGGAAGCCCGGGACUUCCAGGCAACCCUGGAGCUCAAGGGCCUGCUGGAAGAAAGGGAAGAAAAGGUGACACAGGACCUCCUGGACCCAAAGGAGAGCCUGGUCGACGUGGAGAUCCAGGAACGAAAGGCAGCAAAGGCACUCCUGGGGCCAAAGGAGAAAGGGGAGAUCCUGGCCCAGAGGGUCCUCGCGGCCUGCCUGGUGAGGUUGGAAGCAAAGGAGCAAGGGGAGACCAAGGACUGCCAGGACCCCGAGGCCCUUCAGGUGCUGUGGGAGAGCCAGGCAAGAUAGGAUCACGUGGGGACCCUGGUGACUUGGGCCCAAGAGGUGACACUGGACCACCAGGACCAAAGGGUGACAGAGGCAGACCUGGCUUUAGCUACCCUGGACCCAGAGGACCACAGGGUGACAAGGGUGAGAAGGGGCAGCAGGGACUGAAGGGAGGAAGAGGUGAGCUUGGACCAAAGGGAGUGCAAGGGACCAAAGGCGAGAAGGGGGAACCGGGUGAUCCUGGCCCAGGAGGUGAGCCUGGACCCCGUGGUCCAACUGGUGAAGCAGGCCCUGAGGGGACCCCCGGCCCACCAGGAGAUCCUGGCCUGACUGACUGCGACGUGAUGACCUAUGUGCGAGAGACGUGCGGAUGCUGUGACUGUGAGAAGCGCUGUGGUGCCCUGGACAUCAUGUUCGUCAUAGACAGCUCAGAAAGUAUUGGCUACACCAACUUCACCCUGGAAAAAAAUUUUGUUGUCAACGUGGUCAGCCGGCUGGGCUCUAUUGCCAAAGACCCCAAGUCACAGACAGGUGCCCGUGUUGGGGUGGUGCAGUACAGUCACGAGGGGACCUUCGAAGCCAUCAAGCUUGAUGAUGAGCGCAUUGAUUCACUGUCGAGCUUCAAGGAAGCAGUGAAGCGCCUGGAGUGGAUUGCUGGAGGCACCUGGACACCGUCUGCUCUUCAGUUUGCCUACAACAAGCUCAUCAAAGAAAGCAGGCGAGAGAAAGCCCAAGUGUUUGCUGUGGUGAUCACAGAUGGGCGCUACGACCCCCGGGAUGAUGACAAGAACCUAGGGGCUCUUUGUGGUAGAGAUGUGGUUGUCAACACCAUUGGCAUUGGAGACAUGUUUGAUCAGCCAGAACAGAGUGAGACCCUGGUCUCCAUUGCCUGCAAUGAACCCCAGCGAGUCCAGAAGAUGAGGCUUUUCUCAGACCUAGUGGCAGAGGAAUUCAUUGACAAGAUGGAGGAUGUGCUCUGCCCAGAUCCACAGAUCGUCUGCCCUGAGCUGCCUUGUCAGACAGAUUACAGGAACCCUGGGAACGUAAACCCACUUAUUUUCCGCCCCAUGGAAGAGGGAGUCAACAUAGAUUUCCCCAGCACCAUACAUUCGAUCGCCCAGUUCCUAAACUCCACGCGGGAAACCCAGGACCCCAGCAUGUACACCCAGCUGGUGGCCACUUUGGCCUUUACCGCCGAAAAAGCCAAGUUUGCCACUGGAAAUGAGCGGCAAGAGUGGAUGGACUUGUUCAUUGACACCUUCAAAAUGGUGCACAGCGAGAUUGUGGGGGACCCAGAAACCGUGCUAGGGCUUUGCUGAUAUCUCUGUUAGAGAUCACAUGAAGUGGGUGGAGGCAGAGGCUGAGUGGAGGUGGUAAUUGUCUUUCCUUGAGUGCCUGUUUGGCAGAGGGGACAGGUACAUUGGUAGAUGCUUCUAGUUUAGGAUAAACACAGGCAGUGAAACAGCUUGGUUGUGCUUAGCCAGGGAUAUGACACAAGGGGCAGUCCUCUCUGGCUUGGCUGGCUGAUGAGCAUGGCGGCUUUCUCCAGUGAUGUCAAGAGAUGCUUUUGUUUUACCCACUGCUUUUCUGCAGACGAGUUGCAUUGCCUUGGUCUCUGAGCCAGCCAUGCUGCUCCCCUCCAGCCCUCCCGUGCUCCAACCCUGCUCUGGCAGGUUAGUGUGUCCCAGCCCUCAGCUGUACAUGAGCACCAGGCUCCACCAAGGAGACUGCUGGCAUGCACGUGGGCUGAGGGCCAGAGCGAGCUCCUAAUUUGCGGAGAGCCUAACUAUGCUUUUCUCAUGCCUUCCUACAUAUGCAUUUGCUGACCACUUCUGAAGUAUCUUCUGCAUCCUCUUGCUGCGUUAGAGUGAGGGCUGUCUUCAGGUGCUGCAAACCAUUUGUGUGGCAAGACUGGCAAAGCAAGGUGCAUCUCCUCUCACUGCAGUGAGUGUCUCUGUACAACCAUUCAGUGGGCAGCUGGGGAUACUGAGGGAAGAGAACAAAUAGUACGGGAGAGGGAGCAACCCUGGCUUUCCAUCAAGAGCACACAAAACCUGGAGAGUGCUUCUCUCAGAAACUGUAUGAGCUCCCUCUGCCUUUUUCUCUGCUUGUACAUUUGUGUUUCUUCUGUCUUAAUUAGCAAUGUGUACCUGUUCAUAUCCAAGAGGCAGAGGUUAUGUAGGACCAGGCAGUUCAAAGCAAAAAUCCAUGACUGCACAGUCAAACCUCUGUGAUACAUUACAUGAGCUAUUUAAAAGCAAGUAUUUAAACUUGUAGUAUAACCCAUUCAAUCCAUACCCAGUCCUAGUUUGGGCCAGCGAGACUACAGACCCACCACUUGCGCUGAGGGUACAUGUUUUUAGACAAGAAGUGAUAUAUCCAUGAGCUCAUCUGCCCCUGGUUUUUACAAAAAUUCAGGCAGGUGACUGCCUCCAGAAUAACUACUGCCCUUUCAAGUUGUAAGAAGAGAAAAGAGUAUUUUGUGUGCAGGCACAAGAGUAGAAGUGUUUACUGCCAUCAAGUGAAUUUUGCAGCCUCUCUAACUGACAUGGUAUUAUUGCAAUAAAGUAUGCUGAGCAAAUGUCAUAUUUAAUGGGCAGAAGGGAGAGGUAUGGUCUUCAAAAAUGUGGUUGGGCUGUAAUGUUUCCAGGUGUGCAAUGUGGACCCAAUUUCCAAGCUCAGGCAUGGGAAUUUGAAUGAGGAAUUUGCCCACUGCAACUUCUUGCAGUGUUUUCAACAUCUGGGGCUUGCCAGACUAGGCUAGAAGCCGCGCAGUGACAGGUAUGCAGGGAUGUGUUUCUGUUGCUCAGCACACAUGCAGGCCAGACGUGCUGCAUAAAAACAGUCUUUCUCUCAAAGUUUCAGCACUUUUUGCUUCUAGUCUAUAGGGACAUGGACCUCAGAGAACUCUGCUGUUGGCAUAUAAUGGAGGAGAUUUGUUCAGAGAGCUUUAAAUGGUGUGCUCAGAGUUUUAGGUGAAGGCAAAGUAAUGAGGAUCUGCCUGUGUCUCAGUCCAUAUGCUAGCAUCUGGUUGUAAUCCACAUAAUUCAAGAUAGUCUGUGCAAAGCCAAGCUCCCUACCCUGUUUUUAAUUUUACCCCAAAAGUAGCAUGUGACUUAGCCUGCUGGGAUGUAAGAAAGAAGAUUGAACUCAGAGUAAUUAAGCUGCCCCAGCCAUGAUGCUAGAGGAAAAGCCCCAAAGAAACAGUGAUCUGACAAGAACAUCUUAGGUCUGGGACAUCUUGCUGAAUGAGACAAGGAUUUGGCAAGACUUCAGCAAAGGGGGUUUAGACGUCAUCACACAGUGGAUGUUUAGUUCAUUUCCUUUGGAAAUAUUUCCUAGCAAAGCAGUGCAACAUUGGAAACAAACUUUUUUACUUCUCAAAAACCUUCAGCUCAUUAUGGAAACAAAAAAAAAAAAAAAAAAAAAAAGAGAGAGAAAGAAGUCUUUGCCUGAGCAGUAUUUACAUUGGCCCUUGUUAGACAGAGGGAAGUGGAUGUAGUGGUGGUUUGCUAACAUAAUCCUGGCUAAUCCCUCUGGUAAAACCAGAUAGAUUUCAUUACAGCAGCAGUUCCUUCAGUGAAGCUCUUGGGCAAAGAAAGGGCACAGAUCAGGGGUUGGGUCCACACCUCCCCAAAGACACAGGAGGGGUUGUGAAAGGGAAAGGACCCAGAAAGGGCUAGGAGGCCAGUCCCCAUCUCACUGUCACUUUCAUUUCUGCUGUCAACACUGUGAAACAAUAGAGGAAAUGCAAGUUAUCCAGGUUUUAGAAGAAGCAGGAACAUGAUGUGAAUGGGUGCACGUAACUAGAUGGGUUUCUAAUGGCAGUAAAAUCGAUGGUGUUUCUGCUUUUUGUGCUACCGUUUUUAGAUGUCCUCAGCUGUGUCCUAGCAUAUGCUAUGCAGUACAGUGAGCUGCAGGCAUUUGUGACUUGCUGUAAGCCGCGUGAGAAGGACUGGUGCUCCAAUUUUAAUUAUGAUGUGAAGAUUUUAGUUGGCCUAAUUCAUGGUGGUGCCUUUGAGAGCUUAUCUCCCAGUUAAGGACAAGAGUCUUGUUCCUUGCUGCAGGAAAGGCCACUUGGGUCCUCAGACUCCCAGAAACAGGAACAAGCUUCAACUGAAGCAUGACACUGAACAGGAAAAACCCAAAGUUGUGCUGCACUGCCUUGUACCUGUUAUGUUCCCAUGGGAUAACUCGUACAUAAAGGCAUCUUAUCACAUAGCUUGAAGGCAGCCCUCCCCAACCAUGAGGGCUGAGCAGCAACGGAGUAACUCAGAAGUUCUCCUGCAGUAAAGGCUUCCUGGAGAGCCACACAUUCAUUACACUCUCACUGAAGCUCCAUGGAGUGGUGCUGCUCUCAGCCAUGGUCUGCUUAACUAGAAGCUCUUAAGGCUUGCUUUGGGUCAUGCGGGAGGCGGGUCAAUCUUGCUUGUUGUCUCAAGAAACAUGACUGCAUAUAGACAAGUGUCAGGGGAGACAGACUGGUAACACUCUCAAACAUGAUAUGCAGCCAUUACUCCCACGCACUCGCUUCCACCUGCUUUUGCAGACCCCUGUGUAGAUUUUGGACUGUGUGGUUACAAGGGGCAUAUCUGCCUUCCUUCCCCCACUCCAUGACUGCACAGAGCUGGUGAGGACCAGUAGUGCAGGUGCUGCCAAGGCAAAGUAUCCUUCUGGCAGCAGCGCCUGCACACUGGGAACUGCAGCAUCAAUGUACUUUUAGAGAACAUUUCUCAAGGAAGGUGGGGUAGAGGUGAGUACUUAAGGCAGUAUCUUUACUGCCUUAAAGGAGUGAAGUAUUUCAAACUGUGAUAUUCAGAAAGCCCAUGGGGGAAAAAGCAUUGCUUUGAGAUUUGUUUCUACUGCAGUCAGAACUGGCAUUGCAGAAGCCUAUUGUUCCCAGUAAGACAACAUCCCGGAAGCUCUAUUCAAGGCAUGCCAUCGUUGUAGAUAUGUUUUACAGUGUGAACUAAGGAGAAAUGCCAAUCUACAAGGUCAGGGAACAUGAUACAGAAACAACCAUGGACUUUUGCAAUGUCCAACGAGUUAGGUUAAGCCACAAGUCCCAGCAGAAGUUCCUACAUCAGGUUUGACUUUUAUCAUAGAUGGAUGGAUGGAAGUGGUGCCAAAUAGUCUGUGAGUGCAAUGAUAUGCACCAUCACGCCUUCUGCUACACUAUCUUGUGCUGUGGGAUUCACGUUUCACACUGUCUCUGUAGUCUCAAGAGUGCAUAUAUCUGUUUUGCUGAAAAUAUAACUUUGCAGUUUGCUGAAUGUUAACUACACACAUAGUACUAAUGUACUAAACAGUAAGUUUACUCACUGAGAAUUUACAAUACUGAGCAUUCGCUGCUCAGCUCAUACAAGGAAUUAUACCAGUUCAGCACCCUGCCAUGCUUAAUCCAGAUCUAACAGCAUUCAGCUCUUGUCAAGUUGGAUUUGCUCACAGGACAGAAAUUCAACCUAAUGUGAUACUCCUAUCCCAAAAGUCACCCUUUGUUGCCAGAAACGGAUGCUCAAGCUGGGGUUGCUCCAGAAUGUCCCACUCCUUUCCAGUCACACAACACAACAUGACAUUAGCUCCAGGACUUUCAAGAUCCGGUCUUAAAGGCACAGAAUUGAUUGACAGAAUUGCAGACCAUUGCCCUGCUGCCACCUCAGGGGGCGCCAGCCGCAGCAUGUACAUCACAAAUCAAUACUGCUGUUGCAAUCGUAUUCCUGACUGGUGCUUUCAGCAGAGAGGGAAACUCAAGAAGAAGAAAAUUCAACAGUUCAGUAAUGGAAGUGUUUCUCGCAGAAGCAGUGCAUGCAGAGGAACACCAAAUGCAAUACACAUAACUACUGCAAAGGAAUGAAAUAAUGGUCCCUAAUUAACAGCUGUCUCCAAAGAUUGCUAUUUUCUUCUCCUUUUUCUUCUGAGUUCAUUCACUGUGUGUAUUCAAAUGCCCACAUGCCCACUUUGUGGACAGGUCCUGUUCUGAGUGACUGAAGAACAAUGUCCCACUGUGUUUCACUCAAAUAUUGAUCUGUUAUGUAUUACAAAUGCCGCUUUACUACAUACAGGUACAUCAACAAGGAUAGUCUUGUUUUCCAACCAUAUGACCCAACCCUUAUGAGCUCUUCGGGAAUUAGUGAUUGCUGAUUAAACUAAUCUGGGUGAAAGGUAUGAAAACAGCUUUCAUCCUACAAAUCUGUGUAUGAAAAGUAACUCUGAAAGUAAACCAUUCUCUAGAAGUAACCAAGAGGUUUGCAGACACUGCCUGACACUAAUCUCUGGAUAUUCCUGUUACAGAUAAGAGCUGGGCACUGCUGUAAGAAGGUGGAUGUUAUUCUGGGACUGAAAUGCACAAACCUCUCACAGGCCCCAGAAUUAACAUUCAUUAAGACCUAGUGUCCAAGAUCUGAGGGAAUCAGAAGCCAAUAUGAAAGACAGGCUUUGGCAGCAGAGUGGGGCUGGUCCUUCUUUGGACAAAGAUGCACAGGUUCCAACCUACACUGCCUGAAGCAAGCCCCAACCUUAUCCUGUAGGCUUUCUUAUG